AUGUCUGCAGACCCAGAAGGCGAUUCCGAAAUGCUCUCCUCUUCCGAAUCAUCGCAAAACAGUGAACCUCAAACCCCCACCGGUGGCCGAAUUGCUGACGCAACCUCCAACGUCCCCAGCUCAGAGCUUUCACCGCCAGGUUCGCAGGAUGCCGCUGGCGCAGUGUCUAUGAAGAUGGAAUAUGACGAUACCCAAGCCGAUUACGCAGUAGUAACACCCUCACAGCAUAAUUCAGGGGAUGAUGCUGCUGGCGGUGACACGUGGGACCACCAAAGCUCUGAAAUAUCUCGAGCCGAGCCCGGGUCAUCGUGGAAAAAUAAGAAGGCAGAGGAGGAAUAUCAGAGAGUUUUAGAAAUGGUGGUGGAUCGCGAUUUUAGCUUAAAAUGCCUAAACGAAUAA